CAUUUCAGCCUGUCAGAGCCGUCCAGUCCUCGGAGGAGCUGUUGUAGGGAGGCACAAGGGCACUGGAGACUCCAGAGGCUGGCUGCGGUUUUGUCGACGACGACUUUAUUUUUGAGAUAUGAGUCAGCGUAACUCAAUAUUCAAGCUUGCCAGCUAGUGGUGUGUGAUCUGGAGGGAGAGGAAAGGACAGCAGAAAACAUGGAGCUGUCCGAUGGCUUGUUGCUGCAGGUCAACAACGGAGAGCAAUGGUGUAACCGCUGGAAACAUCCCAACGAUGACUCGGACCGCAGCACCAGCCCCUCAGUCCUGCGCUGUGUUACCAGCACGUGGAAGGAAGGCCUGCUGAACAGAAAGAGGCCCUUUGUGGGCCGUUGCUGUCACUCCUGUACACCGCAGAGCUGGGAGAAACUUUUCAACCCCAGUAUUCCAUCUCUUGGACUGCGCAACGUCAUCUACAUUAAUGAGACCCACACCAGACAGCGGGGCUGGCUGGCGCGCAGGCUAAGUUAUGUGCUGUUUGUCAUGGAGAGAGAUGUCAACAAGGACAUGUUCACCAGGAACGUUGUGGACAACGUGCUCAACAACAGCAGGGUGGAGAGCGCUAUUGUGCAGGUAGCCACAGAUGUGGACGCUGCAGCCAGCCAGCCUGGACAGGAGCACAAAGCAGUCAGUAAAGUGAAGCAGAGAGCAAGGGCCUUUCUGCAGGAGAUGGUGGCCAACAUUUCACCGGCCUUUAUCAGGCUGACAGGAUGGGUCCUCCUGAGGCUCUUUAAUGGUUUCUUCUGGAGCAUCCAGAUCCACAAGGGCCAGCUGGAGAUGGUCAAGAAAGCCGCCACAGAGCAAAAUGUGCCCAUGGUCUUCCUCCCCGUUCACAAAUCCCACAUCGACUACCUGCUCAUCACCUUGAUCCUGUUCUGUCACAAUAUCAAAGCCCCACACAUUGCCGCUGGAAACAACCUCAGCAUCCCCAUCCUCAGCACCCUUAUCCGUAAACUUGGAGGAUUCUUCAUUCGACGGAAAAUGGAAGAGACGGGGGACGGGAAGAGAGACAUUUUGUACAGAUCACUCUUACAUGCAUACACAGAGGAGCUGUUGCGUCAGCAGCAGUUUUUGGAGGUCUACCUGGAGGGUACCCGCUCCCGCAGCGGCAAGCCGUCUACAGCGCGUGCAGGCAUGCUGUCCAUCGUGGUAGACACAAUGUGCACUGGGUCGAUCGCAGACGUACUGGUGGUGCCAGUUGGCAUCUCCUAUGAUCGUAUUAUUGAGGGCAACUACAAUAGCGAGCAGCUGGGCAAACCGAAGAAGAAUGAGAGUUUGUGGGGAAUAGCCUGUGGAGUGUUCAGGAUGCUGAGGAAGAACUACGGCUGCGUCAGAGUUGACUUCAACCAGCCGUUCUCCCUAAAGGAGUACCUGGAUACCCAGAGAAGCCGUCAUAUUCCACCACCAGUGUCUCUGGAGCACACCUUGAUGCCCAUCAUUAUUUCUGCACAACCCGAUGCUCAGCUGUUUGAGGGGCAGGAGGUGGAGCAGCUGAACGGAGAGAUGCCCGAUGACAUCUUAAGGCGACAAGUUAUUAACAACUUGGCCAAGCACGUCCUCUUCACGGCUAACAAGUCAUCAGCGAUCAUGUCCACCCACAUUGUGGCCUGUCUGCUGCUGUACAGACACAGACAGGGGGUGGUGCUAUCCAAGCUGGUGGAAGACUUCUUCAACAUGAAGGAGGAGAUCCUGUCCCGGGACUUCGACCUGGGCUUUUCGGGGAACUCAGAGGAUGUGGUCAUGCGUGCCCUCCACCUGCUGGGAAACUGCGUCAAUGUGACCAGCAGUGCAAAUCGCAACGGAGAAUUCACCAUCGCACCCAGCCAGACUGUACCGGCGCUUUUUGAGCUCAACUUCUACAGCAACGGCCUUUUCCAUGUCUUCAUUUCUGAUGCAAUCAUUGCCUGCAGCAUCCUGUCACUGCAGCGAGAGCUGGUUGUGGAAUCAGAGUCUGAUCAUCCACCCGGCGAUCUCAGUAGCCUCCCUCUCAGUCAGGAGAGACUCAUCCGCAAAGCUGCCGGGCUCUCACACUUCCUCAUCAAUGAGGUGGCAGUGGCACCACCCUGUCAGACUAUUUACCAGGUUUUUCAUGAUGCAGUGACCCGGCUGAUCCAGUAUGGCGUUCUCUACAUAGCAGAGGAAGACCAGGAGGAACUGAGUCCGAGCCCCACAGAGGAGCCUUGGCCCAAAAAGUUUCCAGAGCCCCUCUCCUGGAGAAGCGAUGAGGAGGACGAAGACAGCGACUUUGGAGAGGAGCAGAGAGAUCGCUACCUGAAGGUGAGCGUUGCAGCAGAGCACCAGGAGUUCUUCGUCUUCCUGCAGAGACUUGUCAGCCCGGUGCUGGAGGCCUACAGCGGCGCUGCGAUCUUUGUCCACAGUCUGAGUCAGCCCAUGGCUGAGUCCGACUACACCCAGAGGCUCUUCAGAUACCUGCUCACCCGCACAGAGAGAGGAGUGGCUGCUUAUGGUGAAAGUGCAACUCAUUAUCUGGUUAAGAACACAGUGAAGACAUUCAAGGAGCUCGGGGUCCUGAAGCAGAGGACAGAGAACCAGAAGACGACUCUGGAGCUGAGCAGCACCUUUCUACCUCAGGCCAAUCGGAACAAACUCCUGCAGUACAUCUUAGGUUUCACCCUGCUGUGACCGACCGACACUCCUUUCAGCCCAGCUCAGACCCCAGGCUCCUUCCAAUAAAGGGCUUCUACUGGUUACUUCUAAACGAUCCCAGGUGCUACUCUGUGGAAAGCUUUACCAGGAAGUGCCUUCACGAAACAGCCGCUAACUGUCCGCUGUUAGCCGGAAGAGACUUGAAGCCAGUCUUCCCUUUUCGUUCUAGUCCCCGUCUUAGAACUGCGCAGCUGAUAAAACACAAGUCUUUGAUGAGGUACCUCUACGAAUCAUCCUCUCUUUGUGAACUUUGCCCGUGAAGUCAUGAGGUUUUAAUAUGAUCAGAGUUUUAAACAAUCAGAAAAACAACUCAAGCAGGUUAGUAAGUAAGACUCACUUUGACAGCAAUCAGAACAAAGCAAGCUGCCUUUUCGUCUAUACAAGUGAACAAGCAAAAUAUGCAUAGAAAAUAUGGUAAACAUAACCAACACAAAGGCGUUUUUAUGUUAACUCUGCUUGUUUGUAGAACUGCUGUAUUCUCUCCAGUGCACUCCACUAUCAUACAGUAGAAAACGUCAAAGUGUAGUUUGAUGAAAGGCUGAUUUUGAAAUCCUUGUACAUAGGCCGCAACAAUGUUUCCGAUUUGUAGUGCAUUUAAAUGAUGCACUCUGGCGUCAUGAAAUUUAAUAACGUAAGAACAUUAGAUAGGAAGAUUUGUCCCUGUAAAAUGCGCAUAUCCAAAUUUUCAUUUGCAAAACUUAAAUGUCAAAAAUGAAUCCUCCCUAUUGACAGCUUUGGUCAGUUAUACUGCACAGUUACUGGGUUAAGAUAUCAAAAAUAUAAGCAGUAAAUCAGUUUAGGUGUGCAGAAAUAUCAACACAAAAUGUACCUGUUGAAAGUCUGACGCAGCUGAAGCCUAAAAUCACAAACAUCUACAGUCAAGUGCAUUCAAACCACUAAUAUCUAAGUGCAUUCAGUUACACUUUUCGUCAUUGGUUUUGAUGAAAGGUGACUUUGAUCUCUGUUUGCGUAACACCUUUUUCACAUGUCUAUGAAUGUUACAUAGCACAGCACUUAAAAUGCUUAAUACCAGCCAUCACAUCCACUUAACUUUAACUGCAGCGAGCCCAGAAACUCUUUGGUCAUGCCUUUCAGGGAAAGAAGAGAUUUGGGAUCACCAUUUUUUUCCUGUGUUAUAAACUCACUGUAUAAAAGCUGUUAAAGCACCACUGCUGAGAGAGCAGUUUUUGCUCCAGUGGUUGGGCAUUUGUAAAACAGAGGAACUGCAUAGUGUGGUAAAAAUAUUUGGUACAUAUCCAUUGCGUAGUCCGUCUGAACAAAAGGUCAAGAUAAUGUCUGUGUUGUACUGCUGAAGAAAAAAGAAGAAAGUCUUUCUCCUUUGUUUACCUGUAAAUGCAGAAAUACCUAACUUAACUGUCAGUUUACUUAUUCUUUAUUUUUCUUGGUUUCAAUGCUUCACUUCAUAUUUUCAGCACCACUGUUUUAUUUUGACAAAAUCACAGUCUGAAAAUGUUCAGUAAACACGUCUAAAACUACCACUAAAGCUGCGUUUCCACCAAGCACUUUCGGUAUAGUACCCUUAGAGCUGUAUGUAACCCGUAUGGACAUGUGCUUAAACUUUAGAUCUGUUUAGCACUUCCACUGCACACAGUACUCAUAUUAUGUCAGCAGGGUCGUUACAAAUGGUAAUUGCCACGUCACUGCUCCGUCCAGCUCUUGCUGUAUUUCCUUUUCACCGUUGUUGUGUGUGCAUCUCGCUGAUUGUCCAUGGAAUUAAGUCGCUUAACGUUUUCAGAACAAAAAAGAGCAGGCUGGAGUGUUUACAGCAGAGCAGAGGUUUACAGGAACGACGCUCCACCACUUUUUUUAACCACAUGAGGAAAUAGAAUAUUUGCAGUUUGAUGAAAAACUGGUUGAAACUUGUAUACGUUCUUUUAGCGUUUGAGCAAAAUAACACAAAAAUAACCAUUUGAAUGUGUAACAAACUAAACUGGACUGCUUGGUGGAAACUAAGCUUAAGUAGCUCCUUAUAAUUUCCGUUUUUGUUCCAAAAUGCAUGUUAAAAAAAAAAAGGUGUCAGUCAGGUAAGGAAUUAAAAGUCUCGUGAAAAUCAAAAAACUAACAAAUCUACCAACAAUAAAAUGUGAAAUUAAGACCUGAUAGUGAAACCUCACUGCACAGUUCAUGUGAAUUUAGCUGCAGAACAUUUAUCACUUUUCAUUUGUACUGUAAAAUAACACAACAGGACUCAAUAUUAUGUGUUUUAUUCUAAACCUGAAUACAUUUUGUAUUGAACAUAAAUGUAAAAUAAGUUGAUGUAUGUAUGAGCGCUUACAGCUGAUAGGGAAAAGGAAGAGUGUGUUUUGAGAAGGCAGAGUAAGUUUGCAGGAUUUUCUGGAUUGUUGGAGGGGAUGCUGACGAUAUUUUCUCAGACUGAUAAUGUGAAAACUGUGAAUGUUAAAAAUCGACAUUCUUGAUCUGUUAGGGCAAUAAAAGUAAAUUGGGUGUAUACAUAAAUAUUUAUACUGAAAAACUUGUUGACAGUGAUCAGCAAAACUGCUUGUAACAAAUAAUUUAAAUGCUUUUUCUCAACAUUUUUCUUUAUUUAUUACUUUAUAAACCUGCAUAUUUUCAUGCAGUUUUUUUUUUUUUUCUUUCAAAUCUAUGUACAAAAUUUCCCUAAAAACUUGUGGAGGAUUGGUGAAUGGCACCCAUAGCAUGUUGAAGAACAGAAAAGUAUGUCAUUUAAAUGGGAAUGUGAUCAGAUCUGAUUUACAUUCAAAGCAUUUCUGAGCCCACAAUCUGUAUAAGUCCCCACGCUGCGGGACCUCUCCGCCAAGAUUAAACCACUCUACGUACUGUAAUGCAUGUUUCCUCUGGCCGCCUUCAAUCAUCGACAUUUCAAUGUGAACUCUACUUAACCUGAGAAUUGUAUUUUACGGUCUAGUGUGUGAAUUAUGUUGCAGAGAACGAUAGUUGUUUGUUUAGGAGAUGCAGUUAAAUUUGUUACCUCUUGAAUGUAUCUCAUCUGUCCCCAAAAAGGUCGAUGUGAUAUUGUAGAGUGCUCGACGGAGUCGGUACAGACGGCUUUCAUGAACUGCUCGUGGGGAUUAUUGUUGAGACUCGUUGCUACUGAAGCUGCAUUAACAACAUCCCUCUACAACCAUGUAACUUUGUAGGAUAAAAAAUGCCUGUAUCUGGGGAACAGGUGCCUUUUUAAUGCACUGUAGUGUUCUUUGGUUGUGAUUUUCUGUUGUUUUUGUGCAUGUUAACAAAGAUAAUUUUGUGUGGGAAUUCAAAAGAGCACUGUAGAUUGUAAUUUAAAAAACACGAGCAGAGGACUUGUGGUUACUAUAAGAAGAAUCACCAGCUACUAAAACAAAAGUGUCACUUUUUUUGUUCUUGCUGUCUCCGAGCGAAGCACAAUUGGCAUUAUUAGAUUUUGUUUUUAAAUAAAUUAAUGAUAGAUUAACAA